AUGAAUAUGUUCAAGAUGGAUGUGUUAUCCUCAACACUUCAAUUUUCAACUUCACAUCUAAGCAGCACAACCACAAGCACAAUUGUUGCACUCUGCGUGUUCUUCGCACUCCUUUGCGCUUGCAUCAUCAUCGGCCAUCUUCUCGAAGAGACUCGUUGGGCCAACGAAUCCAUCACUGCCCUCCUUCUAGGUUUGUGUUCUGGACUUGUGGUGCUGCUGGUGACUAAGUUCCGUAGUAUCGAUAUUCUGACAUUCAGUGAAGACUUGUUCUUCAUUUACUUGCUUCCACCAAUCAUCUUCAAUGCAGGUUUCAAAAUCGAGAAGAAACUGUUCUUCAGGAAUUUCAAUUAUAUUCUUCUGUUUGGUGUUCUUGGCACAGUUAUUUCAUUCUGUCUCAUAUCUCUUGGUGCAUUUCUACUCAUUAAUAGGACUGGCAUAGCUAACCUGGACAUCAAAGAUAUCCUAGCCAUUGGUGCCAUAUUGUCAGCAACAGACUCAGUGUGUACAUUACAGGUUCUGAGUCAAGAAGAAACACCUUUGCUUUACGGCAUUGUAUUCGGCGAGGGAGUAGUAAAUGAUGCUAUGUCUAUUGUUCUUUUCAAUUCAGUCCAAUCACUAAAUUUCAGCACCAUCAAUGCUGUUACAGCUUUGGAAUUGUUGGGAACCUUUCUUUACCUCUUCUGCACUAGUACUGUCCUUGGCAUUGUAGUUGGACUUUUAAGUGCUUAUUUGAUUAAAACAUUUUACUUUGGAAGGCACUCUACUGAUCGCGAAGUUGCACUUAUGAUGUUGAUGGCAUAUUUUUCGUAUAUGAUAGCUGAGCUUUUGGAACUCAGUGGGAUUUUAACUAUCUUCGUCUGUGGCAUUGUUAUGUCACACUACACAUGGCACAAUGUUACAGAAAACUCGAGGAUAACAACAAAGCACUCCUUUGCAACCAUCUCAUUCAUUUCCGAAACCUUUAUAUUUCUAUAUGUUGGCAUGGAUGCUUUGGACAUUGACAAAUGGAAAACAAGCAUAGCCAGCGUAGGAACUUUAAUUGCUGUCAGUUCAACAUUCAUUGCAUUGGUUUUGAUUGGAAGAGCAUCUCUAGUGUUCCCUAUCGCAAACAUUGCGAAUUGCUUCAUGACAAGAGAGAAUACAAGAAUCGAGUUUCGAUCUCAGUUUGUAAUAUGGUGGGCCGGCCUAAUGAGAGGUGCAGUGACUAUUGCAUUGUCUUGCAACCAGUUUUUAAUCUCUGAGGUAACAUCGACGGAAGACUCUGCAUUAAUGAUCACCUCAACGAUAACCCUCGUCUUAUUCAGUACUAUGGUAUUUGGUUCCAUAACAAAACCUCUGAUCGAGGUUGUUCAGUUAAGGCAUUCAAGACAAACCGUUUCGGAUUCCAAUGAUUAUCAUGAUGAGCUGAGAUUACUAUUCCUUAACGGCGAUGAUUCCAUUAACGAAACCAUGGAUGAACCACUACAAAGACGAACUAGACUGAGUUUGAUGAUGCGAUAUCCUGCUACUACGGUUCACUACUAUUGGAGACAAUUUGAUUAUAAGUUCAUGAGACAUAUAUUUGGUGGCAGAGAUCUUGUUCCAGUUGUCCCUGGUACACCUCUGGGUGAAGAUUAG